AUGCCCUCCGCGCAGCCCAUCCUGACAUCAAACUCAUCCGAGCCUUCUUAUUCUCCCAUCGCAGCAAGCGCAUCUACAAAUGCCGAUGACCGCCAUGAUCGCUCUUCAUCCACUCCGACUAUCAACUCUUCUCGACAGGGAGGCUCCGGCGGUGACAGGGACAAGCCUCGCCUGACGGAGCAGGAGAAGAAGAACAAUCACAUCGCCUCUGAGCAAAAGCGACGCGCCGCCAUUCGCGAAGGCUUUGACCGACUCACCGAGCUCGUUCCGGGGCUCGAGGGCCAGGGACGCAGCGAAAGUAUUGUUCUCAGGAAGACGGUGGACUUUAUCCAUCUCAAGAUUCAGGAGCGCAAGGACCUCAUUGCAGAGAUCGAACGCAGAGGCGGCCGGAUCAGCGAGGAUAUGCGAACUUGA